UCGGCGCUCGAUCCCCCAGUUCGCAUCGAGGGAAACGAGCGCUACGGCCGCCGCCGCCUACCCGCCGGAAACAAGGCAGGCGCGCCGCCGCCGGACCCGCCUCACCGGCCCAGUACUAGGCGCCGGACCCAUCCUCUCCCCUGCUGCUGCCUCCUGCCGCCUCCCCCCUUCCUCCUCUGGACAUCGACGCCGCCGGCCAUCCCUCGGCCUCUUCUGGACAUAAACGCCGGCCGUCCAUCCCUCUCCUUCAAGCGAACCAACCACCGGUGCUCUCCUUUCCUACAGCCCACGUCUCACAUUCCUACAUCUUUGGAAAUGCAUCCUCAUCUAACCCUACAUAGGCAUCCUAUGUGUGCUGAGAUUAUCGAAGAAUUCCAGAAGUGCCAUGUGGAUCACCCCAUAAAAAAAUUCUUUGGUGAAUGCACAGAUCUUAAGAUUAAGCUUGAUAGGUGCUUCCGGCAGGAGAAAGCUGUGAAGAGAAAGGCAAACUUUGAAGAGAGCAAGAAAUUUAAAGAAAGGUUGCAGGCUUAUAAAAAGGAAAUGGCUGAGAAAGAAAAUGAAUCAUAGAUUCGAAUGGAGGACAUGGAUCUUCACUGAAUUCUUUUUUGCUGCAAUCCUGCGGCUUCAACUUUGUGAAACGAAGUUCCGGACUUUUCUUUACUUCAUGUUUACAUCAAAUAUGUACUGUUAUAAGAUUACAGCUGAGGUCAUAUAAUCUAUUUAGAAGUUCAUAUUUCCUUCUGUGGCUGAUGCUAUUCAUGGUUAGUCCAUUUCCAUCAUAUAUAGACAAUAAGUCUUGCUCUAAGCUGGUGUUGUACUGUAAAAACUUAUGUAUGAAAUCUUCACAACUAUGAAACGAUCGACAAGUAAAUCCAGUCUAUUUUCUGGUA